CAGUGAGUUACUCGUCAAGCAACAAAAGGAACAUGAACCUUUUCACAGUGCGCGCCAAAACUUCAAUUUUAUUAUUCGCUCCUCUGCUGCUGGCAGUGGCCUGGUCUUCAGACGCAGCACUGCCUACCACACCUCCUCCCUCUGUCCCUCCCGCCCCCACUAGUCCUCCAGCAGAUAAUCACCUCGAUUCUGACCCUGCAUCCCAUCAAAAUGCCUCAUCUGCAACCACUGUGAAUCCAACUGGCGCCACAACUGCCUUUACAUCACAAGUAACACGGGCAGUCAACGGCAGCGAUGAGUUCAACAACUCCAGGGCUUUGGGUGAGCAGGGCACCCCGGGUACGACUCCUCAAUACAAUGUGUCCAUCACGGAAUCAUCGGGGAACACCACCACGUCGAACACCACAGCUGUCACUGAAGCUACCCCAGCCUCUAUCCCCACCGACGUAGCAAGGCCUAAGACCGAGGGGGCAACCAGCACAGCCGCGAGCAGCACUAGUGCCGCGACUAGCUCUCCUGGUCCUGUUACUGAGGGAGGAAGCUCUGCCGGCACAGGGACGGUGAUCCUCAUCUUGAUCCUAUUGGCCAUUGCAGUGCUUGCCGUCGUUCUCUUUUACCUCCGCAAGAAGUCCAGGAGUUACUCGUUUGACCUCAACUGCCCUCUGCCGGGUGACCAAGCCAGUGAUAACACGCCCCUGAAGAGUGUGGAGAUGGACACCUUUUACUCCAAACAAGAAGCAGACACACUAGCAGCCGGCCAAUCAGAGGUCACUGCUGGUGCAACCAAUAACGUGGACAGCCCACCAGUCGUAGCCAAUGGGAAGGCAGAGGAGGGACCAGUGACUGCAGUCAUCACUCUUGACAGCAACAGCAGCAAAUCAGAUCACUCUGAGUCUGGGACGCAAGUGGACAGUGUGUUGGAGGAUAGCGCGUUAGAUGGGCCCCUGGAUGUCCCCCUGAAUUCACCCUUAGAUACACCGCUGGACACCCCCCUGGUUGGAGUCCUGGACGCCCCAUUGGUUCUGGAUUCUCCGCUAUUCCCCCUUGAUUCCCCAUUGGUGGGACCUCUGGAGGGAGGAGCCCUGGAUGAGCCUCUUCACAUUUCCGAGGAGGAACCAUCCGGCAACGAGAACAACAACAACAUCACCGUCACCCCCAAGGACGGAGAAGGUCAGUGA